UUCACAAGCUACUCUCAGGAGUUACUACUACUCACCCACACUUCUCUCCCAUCUACUUCCUCCGAAGAAAAUGAACACCUUUAAACUGGUUCUUGCCGUAUGCUCCGUCGUGGCUGUUACGACAUGCUCUGGCCAAUAUCUGCAGUCAGGCAGACCAAGCUGGGAAAUGCAAACUACACCCAAACCCUGGGUUCCAGUUAAGUCUGAGACGGAAACCAAAUAUCAGACAAUUCCGGUUCCAGCCAACACCAACAUACCUGCCAGCGCUUUCCCCAAAGUAACUCAACAGAUCUGCACUUGCACGGCCGUGUCUGAAGCUACCGCUGCUGGCAUGAUCGAAAAAUACCAGCAGCCAUCGUCCGGUGCAGCCACCACCCAGCAGGCCGCUCCCGCUAAGCAAGAAUCAGCUCCUGCCCAGCAAUCAGCUUAUUCUCCAGCUGCUCCUAGCCAACAAGAGACUUUGUCCACACAAGCUCCUGCUCACAAUGGGUAUUAUACUACCACGGCCGCUCCAGUUGAUUUGGCUCCUCCUGCCCAGUAUGCCCGUCCGGCUUAUGCCUCCCCGGCAAAGCUCACCCGCUAUUAAAAGAAAAUAGAUGAUCAGACCGUGCGUUCAAUAAAAUUCGACUGUGUUUGAGAAUUAAAAAUGCAGAUGGAAUCUUGAAAAAAUGAAUAAACAGUUCUUUCAUGCACUGUAAAA